CUCCAUGCUUGUGCUUCUAUGAUAUGCACUAACGGUUACUUUUUUCAAAAUCGAGUGAUCUAUAACAAGUGUUAUUAAUUUCUUCAUAAAUUAAAUAAAAUGAUUUUCCACGUUACUGCUUGCAAGUCAUGAGUUCUCAAAGUAUAGCAAUAAGUAAUUUAGCUGAAAAACUUCGUUGUGAUAAUUACCACCAGUUUAACGUUCUUGUAAGAAUGCAUUUAUCUUUCGUUUUGGACUUUCAUACCACAGAUGGUUUAAUAAGUGAGAAAAACAAGUUAAAAAAGUGGCCAUUUUAUAAAAAAAGCAAACAUAAUAGUAAGGCAAUCGUGGAUGGAGCACUUACAACUCAAGAAGGGAUUUCUCAAGUAUAUCAGUUAAUUGAAUUUUUAAAAAAAGAGCAAAAUAUCACCUGUGUUGGUAUAUUCAGAAGAACAGGUUCCCUUACUCGCCAGCAGGCUCUAAAAAAUUUGUUGAUUCAAGGUAGCGAGCUUUGCUUAGAAAACAGCAAGUUUAGUGUACAUGAUUGUGCUUCAGUUUUGAAAGGUUUUCUAGCAGAACUAUCAGAACCCUUAUUAACAGAUGCCCAUUUUCCAGCUUAUUGUCAGUUAGCAGAACUGUUUGGAACUACUAGGAGACCAAUGCAGGAGGUCCGGCUUUUAAGAACAUUGCAAUUACUCUUACUCCUUUUACCCUUAGAAAAUCGUGAACUGUUGAGAAACUUAUUAGAUCUUCUACAUUUAACAGCUUUCUUUGAAAAUCACAAUAAAAUGUGUGCUGACAGUUUGGCCACUCUUUUCACUCCCCAUCUUCUUUGUCCACGUAAGCUAUCUCCUGAAAAUCUUCAUAUAAAUUCACAAAAUCUUUCUGGGAUUGUAUCAUUUAUGAUUAAAAAAUCUCCUGAAUUGUUUGACAUACCACCAAAACUUGCAGUAGACAUAAAAGCUUACUAUACAGAAAAGGAAAAGACGAAAUUGCAGUCUCUCAGGUGGGAAGUGAAUGAAUCUAUAUGCGAUACAGCAAAAACUGUUUAUAGUUUCGUUGAUCAUGAAAAAACCACAAAAGAAAAUCAAUCCAAUCCAACAGAAACAGCUUUGGCUCAGUUAUAUGCUCAUAUUCAGAGCCUGCCCGAGUCUUCAAAGAAAAGAAAAUUAAUAAAACAAUUUAAUAAAGAAAAUGGUCAAGGUAUUCCACUGCAAGUGUUAAGAUGCGUUACUGGUAUUUCUCCUGGUGAAAAAACGGUUGGAAGCUCUUUAAAAAAAAUCAGAAGUUUUGCUAAAACAAUGAAAACCAAUAGAUUUGGAAGCCAAAGAUCCUUCAGUGAUGAGUUUCUAAGUUCUGUUAGUAACGUACCUAGAUUGCGCCUAUUUUGCGCGAAUUGCGACGAAAAUUCAGACGGAACGACCAGCGAGAAAAAUAAUCUCGUAACACAUAUCUGCAACAGUUGUGACAGUUGCUUCAUUACCGAUGAUGUAUCCCCGAUAUCUGAAAAACGUAGCAAGUCUGACCUAAAUCUAAGCUCUUCUAUAGACUGCAUUACCAGCACACCAGUCUCAUACUUUCAACAACGUCCGUAUUUGGAAAACGUGACUGGUACUUUUACACCUACUGACGACCGCGAAAGCCUAUCCGACUCUCCAAUUACCCGAUCAACUCACCGAAUGAGUAAAACGAUGCAGGAGACAAUGAUGACCCCGAGGAGUAGAAAGCCACUUCUGUUGGUUUCUGGAACUAACUUGACAAAUUUCCCGAAACUGAAAACUUGCGAAAAUAUGAACAGCUUGGAUGAAGUUUCUAAGUCAGAAAUGAAGAACAAAAUAUCUCUAAGACGAUCAAGAAGCGUUUCAAGUUUGAACAGCGCAAAGGACGAAAAAGAAUUAUCAUCUUUAAGUAAAACAUUUAUAAACUAUACCAAUAAAGGAAGUAUAAUACUAGCUUCCAGUAGCGAGGUAAUGUUCGUCGAUGUUAAUGAUUUGUCACCAAAUGAAAUGGGUUCACCAUUGUCAGAUUGCUUAAAUGGGAAAAAGGUUCAAGAGAGCUUCAACCAUUAUGAAAAAGAAGACGUCAAAUAUCAAAAACAAUUAGUGCUUCAAUCUCAACGAUAUGAUGAAAAUGGAAAGCCUACUGUCUAUGAAACAUCAUUUUGACAAAGGUGUAAUAUUUAAAAAUUCGAAUUCCUUAAAUUAGUAACCAUGUUUUAUAGACACUAACUUAUUUAUUAUCCAUUAAACAAAACUAAAUAAAAAUAUAAUAGUUUUGUUUAUAACCAACUUAUAAAAUAAAGGUAAUUAUUAGAACAUAUCGUCUUGAUUGAGGUCUGCCAUUAAGUUUAGACCACGUUCCUUUAGUGCUUUUGUAAGAAGUCUUUGUUGCUCCUGUUUAGAUUCAUGUUCACGGCGUUG